AUGGUGGAGAUCCCGGUGGUCGACCUGCGGCUCGCCGGCGCGCAGCCGGAGGAGUCGGCGCGGCUGCGGGACGCGUGCGAGCGCCUGGGCUGCUUCCGCGUGUACGGCCACGGCGUGCCCGCGGCGCUCCAGGUGGAGAUGAAGGCCGCCGUGCGCGCGCUCUUCGACCUCCCCGACGAAGCCAAGCGCCGCAACGCCGACAUCAUCGCCGGCAGCGGCUACGUCGCGCCCAGCCCCGCCAACCCGCUCUACGAGGCCUUCGGCCUCCUGGACGCCGCCGCCCCCGUCGACGUCGACGCCUUCUGCGCGCGCCUCGACGCGCCGCCCCGCGCCAGGGAGACCGUCAAGAGCUACGCCGAGGCGAUGCACGAGCUGAUCGUGGACGUCGCCGGCAAGGUGGCCGCGAGCCUGGGGCUGGAGGGCCACCCGUUCCAGGACUGGCCGUGCCAGUUCCGCAUCAACAGGUACAACUACACGCAGGACACCGUGGGGUCCUCGGGCGUGCAGAUCCACACGGACUCCGGCUUCCUCACCGUGCUCCAGGAGGACGACUGCGUCGGCGGCCUCGAGGCGUGGAGCAACGGGAGGCUGCACACCGUGAAGCACCGGGUGCAGUGCGUGGCGGCGGUGCCCCGCAUCUCGAUCGCCAUGUUCCUGCUCGCGCCCAAGGACGACAGGGUGUGCGCGCCGGAGGCGUUCGUCGACGCGCAGCACCCGCGCCGGUUCAAGGCGUUCAACUACGAUGACUACAGAAAGCUCCGGCUGUCCACCGGCGAGCGCGCUGGCGAGGCGCUCGCUCGAAUGGCUGCGUGA